CUCCGUUUUGAUCCCCUACCUCUCUGGUGCUCGUACUCUUCAGUGGCACGGGCCAAGCAAAGUGAGUCUGUUUGCCCGGUACAAAACUCACCGAUUAUUUUUUUAUUUUAACAUAAUCUGUGCAUACAAAAUCCGCACCUUGUCAAUUUUGUGGUCCUCAUAAAAUUUCCCCCCAAAAAAAAAAAAAAAGAAAGGCCACAAACACAUUGAAACUAGUACGAGUAUAAAAUUCAUCCGAAUCAACAACUUGAGGAUUUCUAAAAUUUUUUUUUGGUAUCUAUCGAGUUGAUACGAAUCACCAGGUGGGACAUUGAAUGUGUAGAGGAGAAAAAAAAAAAAAUGUCCCACCGAGAGGGACCUGAUGCUGGAAAGGGAGAUUAUCAUUGAGGGAGCUGCUUCGAACGAUGUGAAAAGAACGUGUCUACAUUUGGAAGAGCAACGGCAAACAAAAGUGGAAAUCUUCAAUAACAGGUGAAGCAGAGGGAUUUAAGUCAAACGAGAAAGAGAGAGGCAGUGGAAAAUAAAAAAAUAAAAAAAGACAGAUUACAACUGCGUUGGUAGGAAACGUUCUCUUGACGUCAUUGCCACGAGGACGACGACAUUCGUUUUAUCUCUGGGUUCAAGAAGGCAACUCCAAUGCGUUUCAUAUCCUUGUGAGGAUUCUCAAGUCCCAAUGCUAACAAACAACAAAUUGCAACGACGUUCUUUACAUGAAGAGAGUGAAAAAUCACCUCAAAAUUGAAAAUAAAAAAAAACCAUGUGUUUGCAAAUAAAUCCCAUCAUCAUUCCAUCAUCAAUUUGGCCUUCUUCUUAUGAAAUGCGGAUCGACAAUCUCUCAUAAUAAUUAUUGUAAAUUAUCAAUUAAAAGUGAACCGAAUAAAUGUAAAUUUUGAAAGAAUGAAGUAAAAACGAAAUAUCUGCAUUAAAAAAGAAUUUUGAAUUUGGAAAAUUGGAUUAAAACAAACAAAUUACAAAUUUUGAAAUAAAACGUCAAGGGGAAUAAUCAACAAAAAAAAAAAAAAAAAAAAAGAAAAAAACUUUCUGGACUUUGAAAAUAGAUGGGAGCAAGUCUGAUUGCAGACUGGGUGUUUAAGCCCAAAGAAAGAUUUUCCAGUAUUGAACUACUUGCAAAUUUUUCACGAGCUCAUCUUCCUCUGCAUUUUCGACAAAGCUGUCUUGGACAAUUCUCCUUGGUUCGGCCACGCAAACUCGAUCAAGCUGGAAUUGAUGGAGUUGGAGAACAUCGUAGCAAAUACUGUGUACCUGAAAGCCAGAGAAGGUGGUGGUGACAGCAACAAAGGAAAGAGUAAAAAAUGGAGGAAAAUACUACAAUUUCCGCACAUAUCCCAGUGCAUUGGCCUAAAAGAUAAAUUGGACAUAAGAUACGGCUAUGUCGUUGAUCAGCAGCCGAUUGGGCGGCUACUUUUUCGGCAAUUUUGCCAGGAUAAAAAGCCAGCUUAUCAUAGUUACAAUCUGUUCUUAGAUGCAAUUGAGAAAUAUGAAAUUGAAAUGGAUGAGAAUCGCACAGAGUUUGCUAAACGACUUUUUGAACAAUAUUUGAAACGAGAGGGUUCUGAAGUUAUUGACAUUUUAAAUGAUUCCUUAAUUUCACAGUGCGAAGAGAGACUUGGCUCGGGUGGAAAAGAAAUUUUUGUUGAAAUUGCACAAACGGUAAAAAAUUUCUUGGCCGGCGAACCAUUCUCAAUAUUCCUCAACAGUUACUAUUUUCUCAGAUAUCUUCAAUGGAAGUGGUUGGAGGCACAGCCAGUGACGUACAAGACGUUUCGUAUGUAUAGAGUCUUGGGAAAAGGUGGCUUUGGUGAGGUGUGCGCCUGUCAAGUGAGGGCAACCGGUAAAAUGUAUGCUUGCAAGAAAUUAGAAAAGAAACGAAUUAAAAAACGUAAAGGCGAAUCAAUGGUGCUAAUUGAAAAGAAUAUAUUGCAAAAAAUUAAUUCAAAAUUUGUUGUCUCAUUGGCUUAUGCAUAUGAGACAAAGGAUGCUCUAUGUCUUGUUUUAACGAUAAUGAAUGGUGGUGAUUUGAAAUUUCAUAUUUAUAAUAUGGGCGGUGAUCCUGGUUUUGACAUCAAUCGUGCAAGGUUCUAUGCUGCUGAAGUUGUUUGUGGCCUCGAGCAUCUUCAUCUACAGGGAAUUGUCUAUAGAGAUUGUAAACCAGAGAAUAUUCUCCUCGAUGAUCAUGGACAUGUGAGAAUAUCAGAUCUUGGUUUAGCGGUGGAAAUAACUGAGGAUGAUAUGGUGAGAGGACGUGUUGGAACUGUUGGUUAUAUGGCACCGGAAGUUAUUGACAAUGAAAAAUAUACAUUUUCACCUGAUUGGUUUAGUUUUGGUUGUCUUUUAUAUGAAAUGAUUGAGGGUCAAGCGCCGUUUCGUGCACGAAAAGAAAAGGUAGCUCGCGAAGAAGUUGAUCGACGUGUAAAAGAGGAUCAGGAAAAAUAUUCACAUAAAUUCACUGAGGAGGCAAAAAGUCUUUGUCAACAGUUAUUGAAAAAAAGUCCAAAAAAUCGUCUUGGUUGUAAAUGCGGAAGACAUGGUGCAAAGGAGGUGAAGCUUCAUAAUUUUUUUCAAUGCUUAAACUGGAAAAGAGUCGAAGCCGGUAUGUGGGAACCACCGUUUGUGCCAGAUCCGCAUGCAAUUUACGCUAAGGAUGUUUUGGACAUUGAACAAUUUUCAACAGUAAAGGGUAUAAAUUUAGAUGCGACGGAUGAUACAUUUUAUAGCAAGUUCAAUACCGGAAGUGUUUCAAUUCCCUGGCAAAAUGAGAUGAUAGAGACCGAGUGUUUCAAGGAACUUAAUAUAGUUGGUUUAAACAAUGCACCCACUCCUGAUUUAUUGAUAAACCAUCCUCCACCCAAUAAUGAAAAUAGAGGCUGUUUCCCCUUUAGGAGAAAGAAGAAACAGAGUGCACGCACAAGACAAAUGCCAAUAAUGGAACGUCAUUUAUUAGAACUCUUACAGAAUCAGAAUUGCGAAAUACCUGCCAGCUGAUCCAGAAUGGAAUCUGGAAUUGUAAGCACAUCGACAAUGACGAUGCAUCGUUCAGGAAUCAUUAGACGUUGUAUUUCAAUAAUACAACGACAUUUUAGCGAGAUUAUAAUGUUUACGAUGAACGAUCCAUUAAAUGAACAAUUUUCUGUAAGUCUACAGUUAAGAAAUUUGAAUGAGAAUGGACGAAUUUAUGGAGUAGAACGUUCGCCUAAUGCACUUGGACAAUUUUCGUACAGGGCAAGAGAACUUAAUUAUUCAAAUUCAUCAAUUGGUUAAUUCUAUUAUUCUACAAGUCUAUACAGUUAAGAAAUUUUAACGAGAGUAAACGACAUUUUGAAGUAGAACAUUCGCCUAAUGUACUUGGACAACUAUUGUACGAGGCAAGUCAACUUAAUUAUCCAAAUUCAUCAAUUAAUUCAAUGGCAGAGAUUUGAUUUUUUUUUUUAACGAAAGUGAGGGUUUUUUUUUGGGAAUUUUAAAAAAGAAAUUCUCGUUUUUUUCUAAAUAGAGAUUUUUUUUUCUAUCAAGGGGAACAAUUCCUUGAAAUUCCAUCCCACAUUGGGUGACAUUGAGUCGUGUUUUUUUUUUUUUUUUUUUUUUU